CGCGGCGGAUGCGUGUGCAUGAGCGCUGCACCGAGCGGGCGCAGGAAGCGCCCCCGCUCCGCCGCCUCCAUCUUCCAGGGCAGCAGGACCUCGCCGCACGGCCGCGACAGCGAACGCCGGGGCAGCGGCUCCGAUAGCGCCUACCAGACCCAGAGAACCCUGGACGACUGUAAGAUGCUUGUCCAGGAGUUCAAUACCCAGGUGGCUCUCUAUCGGGAGCUGGUCAUUUCUAUUGGGGAUGUCUCAGUCACCUGUCCUUCUCUGCAUGCAGAAUUGCACAAAACUCGAACCCGAGGAUGUGAGAUGGCCUAUCAGGCUCAUCAAAAACUAGCAGCAAUUUCUGGCCCAGAAGAUGGUGAAAUCCAUCCUGAAAUCUGUAGACUAUAUAUCCAGUUGCAAUGUUGCUUAGAAAUGUACACAACAGAAAUGCUAAAGUCCAUAUGUCUGCUAGGAUCACUGCAGUUUCAUCGGAAAGGAAAAGAACCUUGUGGCCCACCCAAGAUCUUAGAUACUAAAGUGGAGGAGAGUUCUGAAGUACCUAUUUUAGAAGACACAUCAUUAUCACCAACAGAUAUUCAACAGCAUCUAUGGCAGGUUUCCACAGAUAUUGAAAACACUGAAAGAGAUAUGAGAGAAAUGAAAAACCUUUUAAGUAAACUCAGGGAGACUAUGCCUUUACCACUGAAAAAUCAAGAUGAUAGCAGCCUCCUAAACUUGACUCCCUAUCCACUGGUAAGAAGACGGAAGCGAAGAUUCUUUGGAUUGUGUUGUCUUGUCUCAAGUUAAAAGAUUAGGCACAGAAGCACCAAGGAAAUCAUCACUUUGAUUAAACCACUAUUAUUUGACCACUGAAAAAAUGAAAGUGGUUAAUCUUGAUUAUAAAGUAUAUUUUCUACACUAGGCUAUUGAUUUUUGUCUUCUGCUCCAUCCCCCUUUUCAAAUAAGGGUUUUAAUACUUUCAAAUUAUCGUGGUCAAAAAAUGGCUGUGGAAUAGAUCUAGCAUAUUUAAAACUUUUUAAAGUAUGUUUUGCAUGCUUACUUUCAAUCACUCAAAGAAGACACAUGAAUUAAGAUUCAUAUAUAAUUUUAGAGGGUUUUUUUAAUUGUUUGAGCUGCUGCUAAAAGUUUGUGUGUAGUACAGUACUCUUACUAGUAUAAUAUUAAAAUCAUACUCUACCAGUCUUUAAGCAUAGGAGAAGAACAUUUGAUCAUUCUCUCACAGUCUUUAAGCAUAGGAAACUAUUUAAGAGCAAAACUAUUAAAGUUCUAAGACAUUCAAACAAUAUUGUAACAGAAUUUGUACAAAAUCUCCAGUUGCUUUUUGUGCUCUCAUUCAUAUUUAGUCUUCCACUGUAUCUCAACUUCAAAGCUUUACAGAAAAAAAUCUUAAUUUAUGAUAAAAAAACCAUAUAUGAAAAUAGGUAGGACUUGUAAAUACAGAGAAAUCAUAAUAUCUAUAAACUGUACAAUGUUUAGAAGCAACAAAUUUCCUUUUCAGGUAAUAGUAUAUCUACAAGCUUUUGGAAAAAAGAAAUAAUUUAUUAAAAGAAGGUGUAUUAAAAUAGACAAUGUAAACCACAAUGCCAACCCAUUUUGUUGCCAGUAGAAUUCAAAGCAUGGUAUCUGCAUAUCAAAUAUUGAUCUUAUAAGGCAUGCCAAAAUUAUCUCAGACUGUAAGAUAAACGUUUUACAUUGUUAAUAAAGUUUUUUAUUUAAAUUAAA